AUGGAGACAGAUAUACGUUACAGCUUUUUAGAUACACUAGACCACUUGCCAUCGGAGCUCAUUCGCAGCUUGUGGACCAUCCAGGGCCUGGAGUUGGUAAGUGACGGAGAUGCGACAGAGUCACAUGCGUUCGCCGAUCGCGAGGCUCUCAAGGAAGCACAGCACAUUGAGCGGCUGCUACGGCACCAUUCGAGGUAUCUACGGUUCCAGGUAGGGGAAAUGCGCGAAAUGGCUGAGAUUAAGCAGCGGUACGAGCAAGAACGAGCACGCAGAGAUGCUUCAAGCCCGCGUAAUGCGCUGCCGAUACCGCAGGCGCAUUCGCGUGCUCCGCUUAAGAUCAAGAUUAACCUCAAGGCCCAGAAUCCCAAAGAAGAGGUCUACUGUGUAUGUCGGGAUGUGUCCUACGGGCCGAUGAUCGCGUGCGACAACAAGCGUUGCCCCAUCGAGUGGUUCCAUUACGGCUGCGUCGGGCUUGUAAAGGCGCCAAAAGCGAGCCAAAAGUGGUAUUGCAGCGAUAAAUGUAGACGGCAGGCGACGCGACGCUAA